AUGGAAAAGUGUGAUCCAAUACCGCCUACUUAUAAACCGAGACGCUUUCACUGGUACAUCCGUCCAAAGGAUCGGGAUAUCCUUGACGAGGAGAAAAUGCGUCCCUCUACUUCGCAAGAUCUCAGCGAUCAGUCAUUAUCACGCAGUAAUAGAUCGGAUUCUACCGCCGAUUAUCGCUUCUGCCAUGGUGGUGUCUCCGCCAAGUAUCUCUCGAAUAUGAUCAUCAUCGCUUUGAUACAGGAAAUCAGCGUUGAUUAUUUGGGCAUUGAUAUUCGACCGUAUUCAGGUCUGAUUCUGGCAACAGCUGAUCCCGAAUGGUUUCGGGAACCGCGAUUCAUCAUUCUGACAGCAUGUCGGAUAGUUCAACUGGUGCCAUGUUUUUUGGCUUUGGCUGGCAAUUACACUAAUAAUGCCACUCUUCUUGUACCGUUCAUGCUUUCACAGAUAUCCCUCGGCAGCUAUGCGGACCUAACGACAUAUAUGCUGUUGGUGCAGAACUUCCAAGCAAAUCAUCCUGAUUUUUGGCUUUUCGCGAACCCACUCCUCUACGUCGUUCUGCCAAUACUGCUCUACGCCGCUCUUCUGAUGUUUUGCAUCUACGUCACUAACAAAUCAAUCAAAUUUGUGAAUUUAAAACGGCUUGGCGCAAUCAAUAAAAACGCUGCCGACACUCAAGUGGAGUCUUUGAUGUAA